AUGGCGGAGAAGACUCAAAAGAGUGUGAAGAUCGCACCUGGAGCAGUUGUGUGUGUAGAGAGCGAAAUCAGAGGUGAUGUCACUAUAGGACCCAGGACAGUGAUCCACCCUAAGGCACGAAUCAUCGCAGAAGCCGGUCCGAUAGUGAUCGGUGAAGGUAACCUGAUAGAAGAACAGGCGCUCAUCAUAAAUGCUCACCCUGAUAAUAUCACUCCUGAUGCAGAAGAUCCAGAACCCAAACCUAUGAUCAUUGGCACCAAUAAUGUGUUUGAAGUUGGCUGUUAUUGCCAAGCCAUGAAAAUAGGAGAUAAUAAUGUUAUCGAGUCAAAAGCGUAUGUCGGCAGAAAUGUAAUACUGACAAGUGGGUGUAUCAUCGGGGCCUGUUGCAACCUGAACACGUUUGAAGUCAUCCCUGAGAACACAGUAAUCUAUGGCGGAGACUGCCUUCGUCGAGUGCAGACUGAACGGCCACAGCCCCAGACACUACAGCUGGAUUUCCUGAUGAAAAUCUUGCCAAACUACCAUCACCUAAAGAAGACCAUGAAAGGAAGCUCAACUCCAGUUAAGAACUAA